AUGUAUUCUCUCCUUCCACUCCUUUUGGCGAUUGGCGUUGUGCCAGUGUGGAGUUUCAGCCUGGAUACCCCCACCAAGUACUGGAACUACACCACGGCCAGCCUGUCCAGCACCACCUCGCAAGAAUGUAAGGACGCCUACAGCGCCAAUAUCGACUGCGACGACUUUCUGCUCGCAUUGGCCGUGUCCAAGGAAGGCCGGUGGUGGCUACCCGAAUACGACUCGGCCAUGUUUGACCGCACCUGCACGGCCACCUGCCAGUCGUCUUUGUCGGCUUAUGUCACGAAUGUCGAGAAGACGUGCAACAAGGCCAGCGACGCAGCAUUCAAGACUAAUGACUUGGAUAACCUCGAGGACAAGGUGUUUGUGCCAGUUGUGACGCUGGGACAUAUCUUGCAAUAUGCCCUGAUGAGAUCCUGCGCGAAAGAUGAUGACGGAACAUACUGCUAUAUCGGCCAGAGCAGCACUUACUAUGACGACGGCGGCUGCGACUGGACGUGCGCGCUGGCCUAUUUCUGGGUUUGUCACGAAUAUCCGUAUGACAACUACCAGUUUGGUAUUCAUAUGAAGGGCAUGACCGAGGAUGGUCAGCGCGUCCAGUUGAUUUCUAGCAGCGUGCUCUUCGACGAUUGGCAGAAUUCGACGUAUGGUUGGGCGACGGUCGAGAAGUGCGGAUGGACCAAAAACGAUACACUGCCAUUGUACAAUAUGGGCAUGUCGAAGAAAGUAGUUGAGAAACAGUCGACAGCGAACUCGACGGCAAUGUCGACGGCGACAUCGACUGCGACGAUCGCUGCUGCGUCAAGUACGGUGAAGACUGCUGCACUCCACGCUGUCAGCACUGACUCUGGAACGGGAUCAAUCCGGAUGCAUAUCGACACGUGGAUGGCAGUGUUGAUACUUGCUAUGGGGAUAGUGGUCCUUUAA